GGGCCUUCUUCAGUAUUUGAGUUGAGUGAGUCUGCAGUCUUCUCCCCCCUUUCUGCCUCUCGUAUUUGCAUUAAAUGAACCUCUAUUGAAUUUUGAAUUCUUGUUUGCAACUCACGAGAACCUCGUCCAACUGAACCUCUCAUUUUAUUGUUCAGAUCUAAUCUUAAUCGGAUACCGUCAGCCUCAUACCACCUUAUGUUCUUCUGCUUCUUCUUCUUCCCUGGAUUCCAUCACCGGAAUUUGUAGGACUGUUCGCGGGCUGUGAUUAAUCAGGGCUAUUCUAAUCGUACGUACUCCGAAGGAGGUCGGGCUAAGGAGAAACGCCAGAAAAGGAGAGAAUGCCGCAAGAAAGCUACAGUAGCUCAAUUUUCAGCUCUCCCAGCAAGAACUUGAGAGGACUAAAGGGAUUGAUCUACAACAAUAGCGGUGCUCCAUAUGCCGAAGAAAUAAUCAGUGACCGUGAAUUAGCUCACAGAAAAGCCGAGGAAGCAGCUCUGAGGAGGUAUCAGGCGGCGCAAUGGCUCCGGCAGAUGGACCAGGGCGCUUCGGAGGUGCUCCCCGAAGAACCGACGGAGGGGGAAUUUUGUUUGGCGCUUCGCAACGGAUUAAUUCUCUGCAACGUCCUCAACAAAGUCAACCCCGGGGCUGUUCACAAGGUGGUGGAGAAUCCGGUGCUGGAUGUCCAGGCUACGGAGGGGGCAGCACAGUCUGCUAUUCAGUACUUUGAAAACAUGAGGAAUUUUCUAGUUGCUGUUGGCAAGAUGAAGCUACUUACGUUUGAAGCGUCUGAUCUUGAAAAGGGCGGCUCAUCAGGCAAAGUAGUGGAAUGCAUUCUAUGUUUAAAAGGAUAUCAUGAAUGGAAGCAAUCUGGAGGUAUUGGAGUAUGGAGAUAUGGUGGAACAGUGAAGAUUACUUCAUUCAUGAAAGAAUCACCAUCUACAGGUAGUAGUGAGAGCGCAGAUGAAUCAACAGAUGAUUCUGAAUCUUCACAAUAUGAACAGCUAAUGGAAUUCCUCCAUUUAUCUACUGAAUCACAUGAGGAAUCCAGGGCAGGCAAUGUACUCAGCUUCAUGUUUGAUCAUUUUAGUCUUGGUCUUCUACAAGCUUUUCUGAACGAAACCAAUGGGUUUGAGGACUUGCCUUUGAGUCCAACGGUUAUCGAUUUUCUGCUGAGGAAGGUUGUUAAGGAUUUCUCAGCAUUAUUGGUGUCUCAGGGUGAUCAGCUUGGCUUAUUUUUGAAGAAAGUCCUUAAUAGUAAUUGUGGUCCUCAGACAAAAUCUCAAUUCCUUGAAGCCAUAAGAAAGUACCUAAGUAAAAGGACCAGGCUUGUAUCAAGUGAUAUUUCUAAUUUCUGCAUUUGUGGUGGAAAAGGUGAUGUUGCACGGCAUGGAAGUAUCUGCUCUCAUGGUGGUUUAGAACUACUUGAUCUUCAGCACAGACAGCUAGAGGACCUAAAAGCUAUUUAUAAAGAGACAAAAGAAGAGGUCCACCAGGUUCAAUUAGGAUGGGAGAAAGAACUCCAAUGUCUGGGGCACCAUGUCAAGGGCCUAGAAGUCGCUGCUUCUUCAUAUCAAAAGGUUUUGGAAGAAAACCGUCUUCUCUAUAAUCAAGUUCAAGAUCUAAAAGGAACCAUCAGAGUUUACUGUAGAGUAAGACCGUUCCUUCCAGGACAAUCUAACGGGCAGUCGACAGUUGAUUAUAUUGGGGAAAAUGGAAAUAUUAUGAUUGUGAAUCCCCUGAAGCAGGGUAAAGAUGCAAGGAAGGUUUUCUCAUUUAAUAAGGUCUUUGGAACAAAUGUGACACAGCAACAUAUAUAUGCAGAUACCCAACCAUUAGUGAGAUCUGUUCUGGAUGGUUAUAAUGUUUGUAUAUUUGCAUAUGGUCAGACUGGCUCUGGGAAGACAUACACAAUGAGUGGUCCAGACUUGACAACAGAGGAGACAUGGGGGGUGAACUAUCGUGCUCUAGGUGACCUGUUUCACAUUUCAAAGGCCAGAAUGGAUGUUAUAGAGUAUGAUGUUGCAGUCCAAAUGAUUGAGAUAUACAAUGAACAAGUGAGAGAUUUGCUGGUCUCUGAUGGAACCAAUAGAAGAUUAGAUAUCCGAAACAAUUCUCAACUUAAUGGUCUCAAUGUUCCUGAUGCAAGCCUAGUUCCUGUUAAAUGUACUCAAGAUGUUCUUGAUUUGAUGAGAAUUGGACAGAGAAAUCGUGCUGUGGGUGCAACGGCUUUGAAUGUGCGGAGUAGCCGAUCUCAUAGUAUUUUGACAGUUCAUGUCCGAGGAAAAGAACUAGUCUCAGGCUCCAUCUUAAAGGGUUGCCUUCACUUAGUAGAUCUAGCUGGGAGUGAAAGAGUGGAUAAAUCUGAAGCUGUUGGUGAAAGAUUGAAAGAAGCUCAGCAUAUUAACAGAUCUCUUUCUGCACUUGGAGAUGUUAUUGCUGCUCUAGCACAAAAGAGUUCUCACGUACCUUACAGGAAUAGCAAGCUUACUCAAGUCUUACAAGAUUCUCUAGGGGGACAUGCUAAGACGCUGAUGUUUGUGCAUAUAAACCCAGAGGUUAAUGCUCUAGGGGAGACGAUUAGCACUCUCAAAUUUGCGGAGAGAGUUGCCACAAUAAACCUGGGGGCAGCCCAAUCUAAUAAAGAAACUAGUGAAAUUAGAGAAUUUAAAGAAGAGAUCUCAAACCUCAAGCUAAUUUUGGAAAGAAAGGAAGCUGAAUUGGAGCAGUUGAAAAGUCGCACAAAUAGAGCUGCUGUUUCACCACUUCGGGUGCCUAAAUUUAACAGCAAUUCCAGUUUGAAGCCAGACAUCAGUCAGCAACUUGUAGAUACUCAAAACAUAGAGUUUCAGGCAAGAAGCUGUUCCUCUGGUAAGCAGAGAAGGCCUCGAGUGCCCUCAAAAUUCACGGACAAGGAUGUCAUCCCAAAAGUGCCCCUCCUAGCUGAAGAAAGAUCAGUAGGCUCCACAAAUCCUAGAUCUCCAUCUCCGCCAAUUAGGAGAUCAAUAUCCACUGAUAGAGCUGCCCUCAUCAAACCUAGAAUAAAGUCUGACGCACUUGAAAAUUCGGUCAUAAAAGUCCCAUUUCCACCAAGUCUUGCAGUCAAUAAAUCUGUUGCCAGUGUGCCUCCAAUUGUACCAUCUGCCAUGAGCACACGCCUCUAUGCGCUGGGUUCACAAGAGGCACCUCUUCCAGAUGCUUUAAACAGCCUCCAGAGGAUCACACUACGAAAAGUUCCUCCUGAAAAUGAAGAGGAACAAUUCAAGCAAGCACUGAAUGUGCGGCAAGGUGGCAUCAGAAAAUCUAAACCAGAGAGUAAGCUCAAGACCAAACAACAGACAUCAGCUAAAGUUCAGAAAUCUGGUGUUUCAGAUACGACCUUGCUUUCGGAUGUGGGCACCCGUAAAAUGCUGGAGGAGACUCCAAAAGUUGAUUUUUCAGAUCCUGAAAGUGAGCAGGGACGUUUAGGAUUGCCGGCAUGUGGUACCACUAGGGUGAAGAAGCUUCAUAGGAACUUCUCAAGGAACUCUCAAAAUGUAGAACCAAGAGAACUAAUCCAGACAAUGGAUCCCUUAUCGGCUGGGUACCAAGAAAAUAAACUCUCCAACAUCGUACCUCAGAACGUAAAAGAAUCAGGCAAUUCAUCUGUGCGUGAAUUUCGAAGGAGUAGAUCUACGCCUCGAGGGAAAUUUAUGAUUUGACUGCAAAUGAACUGAGAGCAUGUGGUCAUGAGAAUAUUUGUACAGUACAUUCUUUACAUGUUGAUUCCAGAUUGCAGUGCUCUUUACAUACCAUAAUUCUGUAUUUAUGAGGUCGACAUGAUUCAUUCCUUCAUGUUCAUAUUUUGUCAAGAUACUAUUGAUUUUUUUGCUGUUUCCACUUGAUGUGGGCAGCUGAGGAAUGAAAUAUAAUAAAUACAGCUUUCAGAACACAAGAGGAUUAAUAUACUUACUGCGGAUUUCUCCUUUUCCCAUUUGAUGUUACAAUCCGAUGCUUUGUGUGAAUGAAUAUCAUCAAAUUAUUUAUUUAUUUUUUAAUUUUUGACUAGCUUAUUAUUAAAAAAGGAAGAAGAAAACAUAAUACAUGGCGUGAAGAAUCAAUCCCGAUACGCGCGUAAAAGGCUAACCAUCUCCAUCUGUGGUAUUAAAAUCCAGGCCAUCUCCAAUUUUUGCCGCUCGCGAAUUAGGGUUUCAGUCUCCCUUCCAUUCCUCAGCGUCCAAACAUGGCUUACUUUCCCGGGAACUUCAUCCAUGCAACUGCAAUCAAACUCCAAUUCCGAGUCUUUCUAAUCCCCUGGUCGGUAUCUUCUUCAUUCUCUGCCCUAUGUUCUUCUGUCUUUCCCUCUUUCCUGCGAAAAUUGGAAUUUUAUCAGUUUUGGAGAUAAGAGCAAUCCACUCAGACGACAUAAGAAUAAGGAUUAAA